CGUUGUUCCCACCUUCUUAUUCGCAGCUAAACUUAAUUUUUCGCCCUGUGGGCAGAAAGACUUAGUGGAUGCAACACCAAAUAUAUCUGUACUUUGUCCGAUGGAGUGCAUAACAAAUGAUGAGAAGCCAGAAGUACAGUUUGCACUUACCUGCAAUAUUUGUAACGAAAAGUUUUCGGGUAUUGAUCUUUUAAAAAAACACUGUGCUUCGCAUUUAAACUGUCCAACUCACAUAUGUAACGUCUGUCAGAAAACGUUUUCACGUAAAUAUACUUUGCAGAUUCACUCAUUAAUACAUUCCGGUAAAAAGCCUCAUGUCUGUGAUAUUUGUAGUAAACGUUUUACUCAGAGAAGUGAUUUAAAUAAGCACUACCGCCGUCAUGCCGGGUUUAAGCCAAAUAUUUGCGAUAUCUGUGAAAAGGGAUUUGCACAAAAAUCUGAUCUUAAAAAACAUUAUAUGGUUCAUACUGGAGAAAGACCCCAUGCAUGUGCGAUUUGUGACAAAAGAUUUGCUCAGAAAUCACACCUUAAUGAUCAUUUUCUGAUGCACAUUCAGUUAAAACAAUAUAAAUGUAAUGUCUGCGAUAGACAGUUUCAUAUGAAACAAAGUCUUAAAAAGCAUUCCAUCAAACACGAAAAUAGAAAACUCUGUGAAUGUAGUUACUGUGAUAAAAAAUUUUUUGCUAAUCAUGCGUUACAAAAGCAUUUAAUGAUACAUACCAAGAAAAAAAAUGUUUGUAAAGUAUGUGCUUCAGAAUUUUCUACAUUGGAAGAAUUGAAAAUGCAUCAUAACACUCACAUAGGCGAAGAACCUUUUGUCUGUGAAAUUUGUGGCAAAGGAUUUUUCCUAAAAAACCGGCUUAGUCAUCAUCUGUUGAGUCAUGAUAAAAUCAAACCACAUGUUUGCAAUGUUUGUAACAAAAGUUUUAAGCAACGUGUACAUCUAAGAGAUCAUUCUAUGAUUCAUACUGGAGAAAAACCACAUACUUGUUACAUUUGUUGUAAAAAAUUUAUUCAGCUAUCAUCAUUACAAAGGCAUUUUGGGACUCAUACUGGAGAAAAACCACAUAACUGUAGUAUUUGUAAAAAAUCCUUUUCACAGAAAAGUGAUUUAAAUAAACAUUUAGUGAGCCAUACCGGAGAAAAGCCCUACAAAUGCAGUAUAUGUAAAAAGGGAUUCUCAAGGAAAGCUUAUCUCACUGAACAUAUCACAAAACAUUCUGAUUCCAACACUGUCUGAGAAUUCUCUUUUAUUAUAUGUUAAUAUUUAACAUUAAAAAUUAAUCAAAAUGCUUUGAAACAUGUGAUAUGUUAAGGUAUCUUAUUUAAAAACUUGUUCCGUAUUUGUUUAUUAUAUUUGUUAUACAUUGUUUUAAUGAAAUGCAGAAGAAGUAAUGAAAAACAGAUUAUAUUGUCUGAAGAAUUAGUGUAAUCAUCAGUUUAUUAAAAUUUUCUUUUCAUGUCACUUUAUUUCCAACAGAGUUUAUGAUAUCAUAUUGUUGCUGAGAUAUUAAAUGCUAUUUAAACAAUUACUUAAUAGUGAAGGAGUGAAACAGCAUUAAUUAGCAUAAAUAACUAGAUAUUAGUGCCUAGGCUAAAUUAUUUAUUUAAGAACUCUAACGUUAUAUAAAUCACAACUAUGAAAUUAAUUAUUUUAUAUUACAAAGUAAUAAAUCACAUACUGUCAUAAGAUAUAUGUUAGUCAUCAGAAUUUACACUAGACAUUUUGAAGUAUUUAGCAUGCAUGCCAAUCAUGAAUUUCAAGAAGUCAUACAUUUUUUUUUCUUGUAUUCUAAAUACAGUAUUAAAAAAAUGAGUUUCUUAAUUAAAAAAUGCUGAUAAUUCUGUCUUGGUUUCUUUAUUAGCAAGAAAAUGAACUGGCUGUUUUUCUUGUAUUCAGUCUCCUGCAGAAAUGCCUUCAUGAAGAACUUCUGUAUCUUAAAAAAGAUAGCUAUUAAAUUGUCUAAUAUAAUUAACCUAACACUCUGUAAAAUAUAGCUCUUGUAGCAAAUUCAUUUUAUUACAAUCAGAAAUAUGCAAAUAAUUUCUAUCCAGUAUUUUUUCAUCAUCCAUGUUCAGCAGAGUGAAUGUAAGAUAUUGAUUAUGUGAAGUAAUUUAUUUAUUUUUUUUAUAAUUAUUGAAUUUUACUAGUGUUACUUAACAUAUAUAAAAAUACUAUUAUGGAUUAAUGUAAACUAUUAAUUUUAAUAUUUCUGAGGAUUUAUUUUUCUGUUAAGUCUAAAUAGAGAACAUUUUUGAUUUUUCAGUUUAUGUUAAUAUUUGAAAUCAUUUUUUAUAGUAGAACCCUUGCAUGUGAUCUCUGUUGCAGUUAGCAAAAGCUGAUUACUGUUAAAAGGUUCAGAUUAAAGUCUUUGGAUUCCAUUUUGUCAGAUACCAUCAAUUAGUACCUUGCAAUCAGAAUUGAGAUGAAACUUAAUGAGACAGUCUUUAUAUGGUUUAUUGCUGAUUGAAUAAUUUAAUUGAGGCAAUUCUAGGCAAAGUGAUAUCAAAAUCCACAGAAAAAUGGAUACUUAUGUAUUAAUGCAACCACCUUAAUAGAAGUUGCCGAAUUUUGAGAAUGUGGCAAACUCUGGCAACCAUGCUCAUAACAAUCCUCAUUUUAUCAAAUCCAUGCCGCCAUUUUAAUAUGCAUUCUUAUUUUGUUGUAUUCAAAGUUCCAAUGGUUUUUAUAAAUAAAUCAUGGUAUUUUUUCCUUAAAUUUAUUUUUAAAAUGCAAUGUGUAGAAGUUGGCAAUGAGAAAAAAAACUGUGGUAAAAUUUCUCCAAGAAAUACAGAAUUUUGCUGAAAAUUUUCUAAAUUAAUGUAAGGAAUAAAGGAAACACAUUUCUUCGAUAGCCAAGGGUUGCACAAAGGCGAGUCUUAAAUUUUCAGAAUUUGCCAACUACGUGCAUAGCUAUUCUGAAAACCAUGCCGAUAACAAUCAUUCAGUCAGGCCAUACCGCUGUUUUCAUAUUUCAUAUACAUUAUUUUUUGUUGAUUCAAAGUUCCAGUGGUUUUUGUAAACAAAUCAUUAUAUUUUUUACCUUAAACUUAGUUACAAAAUAUGAGCUUGUGGAAGUUGCCAGCAAUGGAAAAAGCUACACGAAUGCAUAAUUUUUCUAAAAUUUUUUUAAAGGGCAUAAAAGGAAAUGUGUUUCCUCGAUAUCUGAGCGUUGCAUGAAGCCGAGUUUAUACAGUUCUCUGAUGUUUUUUUAAGUGAAAACAGAUAACUUUGUACAUCAGCAGAACAACACAAAAAAAUUUGAGAAACAAUAUAAGUGUUUUUUUUUCUCAUGAAUCCUUAUUUAAUAAUUCAAAUUUGUAUUUUGAAUUGCUAAAGUAUGUUUUCUUUUCAUAUGUUGACAGUGUUUACAAACAUAGUUAAUAUCAAUAGUUUAAGAAUCUUUCUAAAAAAAAAAAAAAAAAAAAAAGCCAAAAAAACAACUAACUUUUACCUUUUCAUGUGCCAAAAAUCGCCAAAUUCUGCCAAUGUGGUAGCAUUAAUAUGCAAGUACUGAAAAAUGUAAAUGUAAUCACUAUUGUCUAUACAGCACUGUUUUAAAGCUUACCAAUAUGUAAUAUAUUGUAAUCAUAUUUAAAUGCAUAAAAACAUUACAUUUUUAUGUCUUAAUAGUAUGUUCAUGCAUAAGAAUAUAUAUAUCUCAUAAUUUAAAUUUUAAAAUUAGUUCAAAAUGUUUAGAAAAUUUUAUAUUGAGGAUUCUACCAAGCAGUUUUCUGCUUCAGAAAUCUUGCACAUUUUCUGAAUGCUUAUAAAUGCUCAGAAAAGGUUUCAAAAACUGGUACUUGCAUUUGAUUGCAGAUUAAGGAUAAGUGAUUUGGCUUCUUUUUUUGGUCUAAUUAUUUUAUUGUUAUUCUGCAUUUUUGAUUGUUAUAUAGCGUCAAAAGUAAAAUUAGAGGAAGAAGAUUAAUUUGAAUGCUAUAGUUAAUUUUUAAAGGUGCAGAGUUUAGCUAUCUGUUAUCAUUAUUGGUUGUAAAUACACAGAGCCUAUAUAUUAUAAACUAUUUGAGAAGUCAAACAACAAGAAUCAGCAUUAUGUUUGUAAAUUUUGCAGGAUUAGUUUUGAUAGUUUAAUUACAGAACAAACUUCCUCAGCUGCCAAGUGCAAAAUAUUUUUAUCUAAAUGGGUAAUAAACAUCAUAAUUUCUGGUGAUGGAAUAGGGUGGUUUUUUAUUUUCCUUUGUAUGAUGUAGCAAAAUCAAAAGUACUCGUUAUUAAUAAAUUAUUAAUCUG